CAAUCGCGUUCCCGUGGAGACAAGUCCAGCCUCCAACUCUCUCCAGCGGUCUGUGAGAGCGAGAGGCACACUUUUUUUUCUUUUGACGGUUUUGCUUGGAAAGACAUGAGACGGGAGUUUAUGGACAACGACGCGUAACCAACAUCACGUAGUUUUACGCUUUUACGCACGGAUAUUUUUGUGUUUUAAAGGAAUAUACUCUCAAAAUGAAGACGAUCAUGGAUGAGACGAGAAAGGUGAGCGGGCAGUGUGUGCUCAAACAUGACUGCCAACAAGAGUUCCAAGGCUGUGUCCCGAACAGGAGGGGGUAGAGCUCCACGGGACAGCACUGACAGGAACCAGUCCACGUCACCCGUCCUCUCCACUAGCCCGGGACAGAGCCAGCACACACCCCUUAGCGACGGCGAGAGCUCUGGGAAACCAAGUCGCUACGUGAGGACUGACGGGCGCUUCUUAGCUCGCACUGGGAGGAACAGCAAGGCUUCGACCCUGUGCGGUGGUGCAUCUCUGGGCGGUGACCCCAACUCUCCAGGACUGCUCACCAAAUCCAAAAGCAUCGGUUGCCUAGACAACAGGCUCUCCAUCUAUAAAGCGCCGGUGCAGGCCAAGGCAAACCAGGAAGUUGUAACGAAUCAAAAGACAGAUCUUGUUUCAGAGGAUCGCCCAAAUGCUCGAGCUUUGAGUUUGAGUAGCGUCUCUUUGGGGUCCAGUCAAGCCCACAAACGCAGCCUUUCUCUGGGUCGCUUGGUAACAGGUGCACCCCCAACUACAAUCCGCAAAAAGAUCUCAGAAUGGGAGUGCCGGCAUUUGACUUUGCCUAAAAUGAGCCUGUGUCUGGAGAAAAGGACAGUAGGGGAGUGCGUAGGGGGCAGCGAGGGAUGUCCCAGUCUCCUCUCGUCCCCCUGUAGUGAGAAAGCAUUUGACUUUAAGGGUGUUCGCAGGAUGAGCACGGCCUUCUCUGAAUGCUCCUACACAGAAACCGACGACGAGCGGGUGGCUGAUAAAGACGCCGUUGGACGUUUCCAGAAAAGACUGGGCAAAACGGAUUCUCCAUUUGCACGGUCCUUAUCGGGUCGGAAGGAGACAUCUGCCGUCCUCAAUAGGAUACAAAAAAUCGAGCAGGCCUUGAAGGAAAAUCCCAGCACAACACCUCCUCGCUAUCUGAAUAACUGCUAUGGCACUGAUAAGACAAAGCAGAAGUCUUUUGUAAUAGGAGACGACUUGGACAGUGCGUGCGCCAGUAAACGCAACAGUAUAUGCUCCGUCACAAAUGAACCUGAUGUUGUUUUAGUUUCUGACAAACUUUCAAAACUCAGACAGAGAUUUAGCGUGAGUUCAACCAGGUCCGAGAGCCCAGAGCCCGCGCCUCAGCAGACUCCUGUGGGCUCACCGGUCAACCCUUUACCCAAACCAAAACGCACUUUUGAAUAUGAUGCUAAACGAGACCAGAAGGGCUCACUGGCAGCAAACGGACUACCUCCAGAACAGGCCGUGGAGUCGCCUCCACCCCUUCCCUCCACUCCUGCUCCCAGCACGACCCACAAGAGCAAGACAGAGGGGAAUGCAAGACUCCCAGACAGAGAGUCGUGUGAGUCGGAGGAGGCCAGUGUGCCAUCUUCGUAUCCUUCCUCUCCUACAGAAAAUGGCACAUCGACAACAGAGACGAGGAAUAGACCCAACUCUAAAAGCACUUUUGAAGAGAACGCGUACGAGGACAUAGUGGAGAAGGAGAAUCCGUAUGAGGACGUUGACCUGAAGCGCAGGAGUCUGGGGCGAAAGUCGUGUUUCACAGAGAGCAGCCGGUCAUGGAGCACUGCGGACCGGAAAGUCAGCUCUCCUCCUCAGUUACCAUCCAAACCCAGUAGCCAGUCCCUGCGUUCUACGACAGCGAGUGACAGAAAGAACCAUCGGAUAUCCCAGCUGACCAAACGGCACAGCCACAACGACAUGCUGCUCCUGCCCCAGUCCUCGUGUGGACUUCUGGACAACAACUUCUGUGGGACCAGUGACUCUCUGGGUUCACACAGGCAUUGGAGGAUCCCCAAGCUGGUCCAAAGAAUAAACUCAAUUUACUGCACUAAACGUGGGAAGAAAAGGCUCAAAAAGUUGUCCAUGUCCAACGUUGAGACGACGUCGUUACGAGAUGACAACAGCGAAAGUGAGAGUGAUUCAGACGACAGGUUCAAAGCUCACACACAGAGACUUCUAAAGCUCCAGUCGAUCCUGCGGCGUGCUCCGAGCUACAGAACCCUGGAGCUGCAGCUCAUCGAGUGGCAGGAGAGGGAACUGUUUGAGUAUUUUGUGGUUGUUUCCCUAAAGAAGAAACCCACCAAAAACGCAUAUACUCCAGAAGUCACUUAUCAGUUCCCAAAGCUCGAGAGGCCCACCAAGCAGAUGAGGGAGGCCGAGCAGAGACUGAAAGCCAUUCCUCAGUUUUGUUUUCCUGACGCAAAAGACUGGAGUCCCGUGUCUGAAUACACAAGUGAGACCUUCUCAUUUAUGUUAACUGGGGAAGAUGGCAGCCGGAGGUUUGGCUACUGCAGACGAUUAUUGCCAAGUGGAAAAGGACCUCGACUUCCGGAGGUUUACUGUGUGAUAAGCAGACUGGGCUGUUUUGACUUGUUCUCCACGAUCCUGGAUGAGGUGGAGAGGCGCAGGGGUAUCUCCGCUGCCCUGGUCUACCCGUUUAUGAGGAGUUUGAUGGAGUCGCCCUUCCCUGCACCAGGAAAGCUCAUCAAAGUGAAGACCUUUCUGCCUGGAGCAGGAAAUGAGGUCAUAGAGUUGAGGCGACCCACUGAUUCCAGACUGGAGCACGUGGACUUCGAGAGUUUGUUCAAAUGCCUGAGUGUACGGCAGGUGGUACGGGUCUUUGCAUCGCUGCUGCUUGAAAGAAGAGUCAUCUUUGUGGCUGAUAAACUCAGCACGCUGUCCAGCUGCAUGCACGCGGUGGUGGCUCUGCUCUACCCCUUCUCCUGGCAGCACACUUUCAUCCCAGUACUUCCCGGAUCCAUGUUGGACAUCGUCUGCUGUCCCACCCCCUUCCUCGUGGGGCUGCUGUCCAGCUCUGUGCCCAAGCUCAAAGAAUUACCUGUAGAAGAGGCUUUAAUGGUCGACUUGGGGACUGACCGCUUCAUCCGACAGAUGGACGACGAAGCCUCUCUGUUGCCACGGAAACUCCAGUCGGCUCUGGAGCAGGCGCUGGAGCAGAGGAAUGACAUCAUCAGCCAGGACUCAGACAGCGAAUCAGAUGAAGAAUACAACUCUCUGACCAACCUGGUGUCUGAGGCGUUCAUCCGGUUCUUCCUGGAGACGAUUGGACACUAUUCCCUGUUCAUCACUCAGAACGAGAGCGGAGAGAGGGCUUUCCAGAGGGAGCCUUUUCGAAAAUCCGUGGCGUCCAAAAGUAUCCGACGAUUCCUGGGUGUCUUCAUGGAGUCUCAGAUGUUUGCAGGUUUCAUCCAAGAUCGGGAACUGAGGAAAACACGAGCGAAAGGGUUGUUUGAGCAAAGGGUGGACCAGUAUCUGGAGGAGCUCCCAGACAGUGAGCAGAGUGGAGUCAACAAGUUUCUAAAAGGCCUUGGAAAUAAAAUGAAGUUUCUCCACAAAAAGAACUGAGAGGAACCAUAUUCACCAAAAUCCCACGACGAUGCCUUAUAAUGUUUUAUAUAUUGUAAACAUGUACAUAUUUAACAGUAUGUUGGUUGUGAUACUACUCAGUUUAUGUUUAUAGUACUUAAUUAAAUAGCUCUAGUAAGAUGGUACACAGCGAGCCAAGCUUAAAUUAACCACUGAUGUCUUACGUGCCUGUGAGUAUUCGGAUGUGUGAAUGAUCUUGACACUUGACAUGUUAUUUUGCAUUUUUUUCACAACAUGGCGGUCCUCUGUAAACUUCUUGGAAACUGUACAUGCAUCAAGACAAUGAAGAAUAUGAUUGUAACUGUUAAGAAAUCCUUUUGCAAUCUUUUAUUAAAAAUGUCAUUGAAA